AGAAAUAUGCCAUAGUUUCCGGGCAUUUAAUCUAAUUAAAGCUAAGUUUUAUUUAACUUGGAAACAGGUGCUUUGUUAUUCAUAAUUACUUUACGACAUAAGAAAUCUAAAUAGUCAAUGAAAGUUCUCGAGUUGCUCAUAAUGGACAUUUAUGUGUAUUCAAUUCAAAUUAAAGUGAUUUAACGGAGAGCGUCUCAAAGCUGUUGUGUGCACUAGCGAAACACAGUUUGCUUUACAAACAAACCUGGCGACUCUACACUGUUUAACCAGUUAGUUUAGAAUACUACGGCUACUUGAGUGAUUUUGAACUUCGAUCUUUCUUAGGAGAUAGUUACAAGUCCUCGCUAUAAAGAGUACCUCUUAUCAACAAAAAGGAAGAUAAAGAAAACUGCAGAGAUGUCCCGCAGGUUUUCCAACUAUCCACGAAGUGACGCCACAACUCCUGGGAAAAGAGUUAGGGGAUCGAUCGCGGGGGCCAGGUUUGCUCUUGGAAAAUCGGGAUCUGGUCCAAUCGCUGACCCCGGUGGAGCGCUUGAAAUUACCUCCAUAGGAGAUCGAUCUAACGACAUGCCAAAAAAAGCAUAUCGGAUGGAAAAUACCUAUAAACUUGAACCAGAUGAGGAUAAAGUUUUCCGGGUAUGUGACGUGGAGAAGCUUGCGGAAGCAGUGUUGGCUGAACAUUUAGCAAAGAUUGACUAUGACCCCGUCAAAUGUCGGGAUAUCAGUCAAACUGUGGCGGUGGAUAUUUUAGAAAGAGUUAAACAAAUGGGAUUUAAGCGAUAUAAAAUCGUUACGAACGUCAGUAUCGGCUCAUUGCGGGAAAAACCGGGGAUGCAGUUCGGAAGCCGAUGUUUGUGGAAUAAAAACACGGACAAUUUCGUUAGUGUUAAAUAUUCCAACUCGUCCAUUUUUGCAGUGGCUAUGAUAUAUGGACUCUACUUUGAUUAAUGUAACACUUCCGGUCUUAUUACAUGUAUG